GACUGCUGCAGUGCUCAGCUCGGCCAGCAGGGGCAGCACUGGGACUCUGCAGCCUCCGGCGGAGGGAACAAAGGAGUGCGGGAACCAAAUGAUGGGGUUAGCCUGAUAUCCUCAAUCCUACAAACAAGAUGUCAAAGCGGCCCUCGUACGCGCCUCCCCCUGCCCCGGCCCCCACCACACAAAUGCCCACCACCCCUGGGUUUGUGGGGUACAACCCAUACAGCCAUCUGGCCUACAACAACUACAGGCUGGGAGGGAACCCCGGCGGGAACAACAGGGUAAUGAACUCCUCAGGGAUCACCGUCCCCAAGCCGCCGAAACCGCCCGACAAGCCGCUGAUGCCCUACAUGCGGUAUAGCCGGAAGGUAAGCAGGAAGGUUUGGGACCAAGUGAAAGCCUCUAAUCCGGACCUGAAGCUAUGGGAGAUCGGGAAGAUCAUCGGGGGAAUGUGGAGGGACCUCACUGACGAGGAGAAGCAGGAUUAUUUAAACGAGUAUGAAGCUGAGAAGAUCGAGUAUAAUGACUCUCUGAAGGCGUAUCACAACUCCCCGGCCUAUCUAGCGUACGUUAACGCGAAGAACCGUGCUGAAGCUGCUUUAGAGGAGGAGAGCAGGCAGAGGCAGUCUCGGCUGGAUAAAGGAGAACCUUACAUGAGCAUCCAGCCUGCUGAGGACCCUGACGACUAUGACGACGGCUUCUCCAUGAAGCACAUGGCAGCUGCUCGUUUCCAGAGGAACCACCGGCUCAUCAGCGAUAUCCUGAGUGAAGUGGUCGUGCCGGACGUUCGCUCCGUGGUCACCACCGCCCGCAUGCAGGUCCUAAAGCGGCAGGUCCAGUCCCUCAUGGUGCACCAGAGGAAGCUGGAGGCGGAGCUGCUGCAGAUCGAGGACAGACACCAGGAGAAGAAGAGACGCUUCCUGGAGUCCACAGAGUCCUUCAACAGUGAGCUCAAACGGCUGUGCGAUCUGAAGGUGGAGGUGGACAUGGAGAAGCUGGCAGCGGAGAUGGCAGCGGCGGAGGAGGCGGCGCGGCGGCGGGCGGAGGAGAGAGAGAGGGAGGCGGCGGAGCAGGCCGAGCGAGCGACUCAGGAGGAGCAGCAGGGGGGAACCGGGGGAACGGCUAACGCGGAACAGAACAGCUCUGAAAAUAAAGAACAGCAGGACAAACCCAGCCCAAUGGAGACAGACGAAGCUCCAGCUGAAGCGUCCGAAGGGCCGGCGGAGUCUGAGGAGCGUCCGGCGGGCGGCGUGGCAGAGAAGCCGGCGCAGGUGGAGCCAGCAGAGGGCGCUACAGACGAGGGCACGAGCGACAGCACGGCUCCGUCAGAGAGCAGCUCGGGGCCGCCGGCUGACGCCCCCGCAUCCGAAACGGGCUCAGAGGAGCGCCCCCCGGCCCCCAGCCAGUAACGCAGGGCCACGCAGACCCCAGUUCAGAGGUCAAGGGUUUAUAGCCCCGCUCACCUUUGCUUUAAAGGGCCACUUCAGCGUCUUUCAGUGAUGCCUGUUAGCCCAGUCAGUCAGCCUGGACGAUAAUCUGAAUUUAGAAAAGAACAGAAAACCUGUUUAUUCUAAAAGCUCUUCCAUCAACCAUAAACAACAAAUACAGCAAAUACAGAUUCGCUCGAAAACCUCUGGAGUGGCCCUUUAACGAAAACCCGCGUUAUGCAGAUACGAAGCUCCACAUCUGGCCCAGAAAAGCAGCCAAGACUCUGCUGUUCACUCCUCCUAGAAAAGCUCCCGGACCCCGUCUGAAAGGAUAAAUCGGCCUCUCAAAACACGUUUCUCGCUUUUCUCGUCCGUCUGCUCUCCUUUUCCCGCCGUGCUGUCGCCUCAGUUCGUUAUUUUUGCAUUAAAUCUUCGUUGCCUUUCUUUAAUCUGGAGUGUUAGUCAGUAGAAUGUGGGUGAUUAGUGAUUUCAGAUCUAGUUUUUCUCUCUUUUCCUCCUUUUUUUUAACGCUCCCUGCGAGCCUCGUACACGAGUUUGGUUACAUAUCGCAGCAGAUGAGCCGCAGGUGGGACUGUAGGUGAUCUGGAACGUUCCUGCCGGCUUCGUUAGCUGUGGCGGUUUUGUAUUGUCAUAAAGGAAUUACCCAAUAAAGUGAUUUCUAUGUCUGUUUUAAAAUA